AUGGCCUUCGCGUUAGCCGGUGACGUACUCUAUAUGAUCUUGGAUAUCCUGGGCGAUGAGAAGGAUUACAACAGCCUUUUUCAAUGUGCAAUUUCUUCAAAAUGCUUUACUGAGCAUUCCUUGGCGGUAUUAUACAAGUUAUGUGAUACUUCGCCAGUGAGGGGCGGAGGUACAGAAGACGAGCAGUUCAGGUCUCGGAGAGUAGCCACCGUUUGGUCUUCCAAAGGCGAACAAGAUCCAGUCAUACGAAAAUGGGCCCUGUUAUGGCGUUCUGUUAUCCUGUCUACUUUGGACCAAACUUACCUCCCGUACUAUAGCUAUAUCCGCUAUCUUGAUUUGGAUGACUUCGGGGACCUCCUUAAGGAACCGCGAUUUACGAAGACGAUGAAGGAUGAUUUUUUUACCCCGGAGCUGUUGGAACUGGUAUCCCACGACUACGAAGUCAAGGGAUCCAAACGACUCCGUUCGUCAAAAGCCUAUCCUGACAAUGAUUGGGUCAUGGUGAAGAUUGGCACAGCAAUCAUCCAGAAGACUAGGUCAAUACGAGGAAUGUCUUGUAACGUACCACCGGAAACCCUUUCUGCAUGGAUCGAGGGGUUACCCCUGCUAAAGUCCCUCACAAUAUGGUCUGGGGAUGCCUUAAGCCAGCAUGCUGGCGAUAAGAUCCGCCACCACUCUCCUGAUUUCAAACAGCUUACAUUAUAUGGGUGGAAGAAUGAUCCACCAAGAAACGCGGAGGCUGACUCUGAACAAUUUUUGACCGAAUUGCGCCCCAAUACGCUAGAGUACUUCGAAGUACUCAGCUACUCUCAGCUGGGGCCUCGCUCUAUUAAAUCACUAGGGCUGCAUCUGGAAUCUCUAGCUGAGCUGAAGCUUACGAGUCUUACCAUCGAGACAAUCGCAGAACUGCCCUCACUAACGGCAGCGCCAGCGUUGAAAGUACUGGUACUGACUGACUCGAUACCGGCUAUGCGAGACGAAAACUUUUACGCAAUUGUCACUCGAGUUGCUGAAUGGAUAUGCAGUUGCAAGGCCUUGCAACGCUUGGAACUCAGACGAUUUGUCGACGACUCUUACCUGUUAUCGCAGGUCCUACCCCAUGAAGGGCUCCGUCUAACAACGCUAUCUUUAUCCGGGUAUGCAAUGGCGGACAGCCGUCUUUUCCACGAGGCUCUGGCUAGCCAGCGAACUUUGGAAAAUCUUUACCUUCGCGGCGAAGGGAGCGAAUUUCCACCGGGCAACGAAAUACUUGCAGAUGUGAUUAGCCAGCUCAGCAACCUCCGAGAGCUGGAACUCAAGGAUAUUUCUGACGGCUUUACUACAGACCAUGUGGCUUACAUGGCACAUAUGCUCCCUCAUCUCGAGAGACUUUGGAUAAGCGGCGAAUUCUUCGAUGACACAACGCUGUCUGCGUUCCUGGAUCUACCAAGCCUCCAAAGUCUUUCUAUCCACGCCUUCAGCAACUUCACCGCCGACGGCAUACUCUCUUUCAUUUCACAAUUGGGGCCAAAGAACAGAGGCUUCAACCUGGCUAUCCUAAAUGCAGUCGAUAGCACUCUUACCGAAGAAGCGCAAAAUGUAAUCCGCGAGACUCUGAAAGUGAGUCUAGAAGGGACAUUCGACUAUGGUUUGGCUCAGGAGGAGGAUAGCGAUCUAGAUUCAGAUCAGAUGUCGGACUGA